AUGAUGAUGGACCUUUUCGAAUCCGGCUCCUAUUUCUUCUACUUGGACAGCGACAAUGGAGCCCUGCAGCCGCUCGACAUGGCCGAGGGCUCGCCGCUGUACCAGGGCAGCGACGGCAGCACCCUCUCGCCCGCCUCGUGCCAGGACCCGCUGGGCGCGGAGGCCGCAGGGGGCGGCAGCGACAGCAGCAGCAGCGGCGGCAGCGGCGGCGGCGGCUCCGAGGAGCAGCACGUGCUGGCCCCGCCGGGCCUCCUGCAGGCGCCCCACUGCCCGGGCCAGUGCCUCAUCUGGGCCUGCAAGACGUGCAAAAGGAAAUCGGCGCCCACCGACCGGCGCAAGGCGGCCACGCUGCGCGAGAGGCGGCGCCUCAAGAAGAUCAACGAGGCCUUCGAGGCCCUCAAGAGGAGGACGGUGGCCAACCCCAACCAGCGGCUGCCCAAGGUAGAGAUCCUGCGCAGCGCCAUCAGCUACAUCGAGCGGCUCCAGGACCUCCUGCACCGUCUCGACCAGCAGGACAAGAGCCAGGAGCUGCUCCUGCCCGCCGCCGGCGCCAGCGGCGCCAGCGACUCCUUCGGCUUCGGCGGCUCCAAGCAAGCCAAUAUGCCCGCUCCGGACUUCCUGAGCACCUGCAGCGCCGACUGGCCGAGCGGGUCCGAGCAUUCCCGGGCGCUCGCGAUCGGCGCCAAGGAAGGAGGUUCUUUGGUUGACUCUUCUGCAUCCAGCAGCCUCCGUUGUCUCUCUUCUAUCGUGGACAGUAUCACUUCAGAAGACCGCAAAGUCCCGAACGGGGAGGAAAUGGUGGAAAAGUAG